CGCACGCGUAUUUCGCGACGCGACGUCGUGCUGCCGUGUGCGAAUGCACAACUCCCGUCGUGCGCUUGUUGUAUUUUCUUUUGUGUAUCUCGCGUCCUCGCGCGGCUGACCGUUCGCUUUUCGCGCGCGUCCACGCUUAUCGUCGCCCAUGUCCGACUGAUGACGGCGCGUCGGCGCGCCUCCCGCCGGCUCCGAGGGCCCCGAAAAACGAGAGGCGCACACCCUCCACCGCGCUAUACCUCGACACGGUGUGUGUUAACCGAGUGGAGCGAGUAGUGCCCGUGCUACGUGCGAGCUGGUGUGUUCCGUGAGGAAGGGAGGAGGAGGAGGAGGAGGCAUGGAGUGCGUUCAAUGCGCCCGUUUCAAAUUGUCACGGGCCGUUACCUCAGCCCCGUUCGCAGCAAGAUCGCAACGCAAGUUCGAGGCCGAUGUCGCGAUCGACGAUGACCGUACGAGCGUGUGAGGUAACAAAAUGACGAGGAUGAACGAAUCCUGUUCCACGAGCGUCGAUGCCGAGUCGAUCUCUCGCAGGGAGAACGCGAUAAACCGAGAAGGGAAGAAGCACAAACGCGGAUUGCCAGAUGCACCGAGGACCUUUGGACAGGAAAUAGAAGCAGGCGGGCAGGAAGAGGCGUCGUAAUAAAGGCGACGAGAGCAAAUCGCCAACAACGAGAUGGACGAGAUACGCGGCUCGUCGUCGACCACUCGCCGUCUCUCUCAAAUUCUCGAUCCGAUCACACGGCUAGCCGGCGACUUCGGCUCCAACUCGGCACCCUGUAGCCCGCGGCUGGGUGCCCGCGUGCACGACGCGGGCGGCGAGGCCACGGGUCAAUCGAGUCCAGCCUCCGGCGGCGUCCCCUCGUCGUCUCGAGCGGGCCCGAGCGGAACAGGUGGCUCCAAUUCCGGCGCCGAUAGCCCGCGUCUGUGGCCGCGACAAAUUCGACAGGCGCCCACGCCACCGCCACGGCCUAGGCACGUCGUCACUACCACCGCCGGCAUCGGCGGCACCGUCAGCAUCUCCACUAGUACCUCCUCCGUGAAUAUUAAUAACAACAAUAACAACAACGAUGCGGCCGACAGUGAGGGCGCGUCAUUGCCGGCGGUGAUACACUCGAGGGACUCGCCCUACGUCAACGUGCCGAAUCUAUUCUUUCACAAGGAUAAGAGCUUCGCCGAGAGCGCCAGGAGUGCCGGCUACAUCGAGCUUCGCGAAAAGCCCAAAUGCAGUCCGUACGAUUUCACCUCCGAGUCGAGUGGUCACGUCGAAUACGCGGAUAAGAGAACAUUCGUCACUCCGGUUCAGUCCGAUUUGGCUUACGACGUCGGAAAGGACGCCGGCAGUCCUCUCUGCAGGGGGAGAUCGAAUUACGAGCGAGAGGGACCCUCCAGCGGCAGAGGCCACUUCGACAGGGCGUUCUCGUUCUCCGGCAGGCAACCGUCGGAGCAACAACCGCCGGUUACACGGAUGUACGAAACGGGCAGAUUGUUCGUCGAUCCGAGAACCACCGGUGGCAGCGUCGACGUGAAGAGGGAGAAACUGGACGUUAGGCCUAGUUACGUCACCUCCAAGAGCUUCGACGGAUACUCUACGACGGUGGAGGAACUCAAUUGGCAGGAAAGAUGUUUGGAAUUGCAGCUGGAGCUGCACAGGAGCAGGAGUCAGGCGACCAGGGUGAGGGACAUGCUCCGAGAAAAGCUCUCCGAACUCGAACAGCGAGUACUUGAAGCGGAGGGCAGGGCGGAUGAAGCUGAAGAUAAGGUACGGAUGAUGGAGGAGCGGCUGGUGAAGGGUGAAUACUGCCUGAGCACAUCCGGCGUUGGUUCCCCGCCGCAUUCGCUACCGUCCACCUCCGGUACGCAGAAUGACAAGAUCGAGGAUGUCCAUUGCGCCUGCAUCUCGAAGUUAGAGACUCAAGUCGAGGAACAGAGGCAGUUACGGCUGCAAGACGCCAGGCAAGUGGAAGCGAAAGCAGCAAGGAUCAAAGAAUGGGUCACUAAUAAGUUGAGGGAACUGGAACAACAAAAUCAACACUUGAGAGAACAGAAUAAUAAAUGCAACCAACAGCUUGAAUUGUUACGCAAUCAUAUAACUAAUAUCGGACUCAAACCACCCGCACCAACGAGAGCGUCGCUGUCCCUGGAAGUGGAUCCUACCUUACGUAUCGAUCGCAGACGAUCGGAAAGCCUGGAGGGUACCCCGCAGACGGUACCAGAGUGCGUGCAGAAUAUCGCGGCGGAACCACAAAGCACGAGCACAAAGCACAGAAGACAUUUGUCUGCUUGCGGUACCAUUCAACGAGGAGUCGCCGCCAGCAACAUGGAUUCGAGUCUGCUGUCCGAGGAAUUAGCCGCGGCGGUGGAGAACCUAGUGAUGCUACCGAAUAUGUCUGGCGUCUCGGAGGUGAGCAGAGACAGCGGAAGCUCGGAAGCGGUGCACGACUACGCUGAGAUAUAUACGCCCAGUCGAGAGGGUAUGAACUGGCUGCAGGGGAGCGGGCAAGGCCCUCGUCCGCCGACCCCGCCGUUGCAUAGGUUUCCCAGUUGGGAGGCGAAAAUAUAUCAGGUAGCGGACGGUGGCCUUGGCAUCGGUCCACCGACAAACGAGGAGUCGGCACCUUCCACGAUGACCAACACGAGUUCGUCGAAGCAUUCCCAAGCCACGGGACACAACUUGACGGCACACAAUUCUCAAGGCUACUGUGAUAUUUCUGUUCCAGUAUACGCCACGGUCAAAGGACGUGCCAGUCAAAUCAGAUCCAUGCCUUUCGGCGACAGCUCCGACGAUAGCUCGGAUGGUGAAGAACAUCCGAAUCAAACCGAGACCAAUACCAGAAUUACCAAUAGCUCAUCCGACAAUACGGAUUCCUCUCUCGGUAGUGGGAGCAGUCCUUCAAAAAGUAUCAAAACCACCAGUAGUCUGAGCCCCGCGAAAAGAAGUUCUAGCGGGUCCCCUAGUAAAAGUGUAAAACGUGAUACUUCUCUCGAAUCAGGAUUGUCUGAAGAUUAUGCGAUACCGCCCGAUGCGCUUAGUUCGACGUCUUUAGAAUCUAGUAUGCCUAGCUUGCUGAUGCGCGUUUCCGGCGAAAGUCCAAAGAGACAAGAAUCGCUAGAAAAGACAGGUCAUCUAGCGAAACUUGGUGGUAAAUUAAAAACUUGGCGAAAACGAUGGUUCGUGUUGAAAAAUGGCGUAUUGACGUAUUGGAAGAGCCAGAAUGAUGUCAAUCGAAAACCGCAAGGCCAAAUAAUUUUGGAUGAAGUUUGCAGAAUUAACAGAGCCGAAGGUGCAGCCACUUUCGAAAUUGCCACUGGUAAAAAGACAUAUUAUUUGACUGCGGACUGUAUAGCUACGAUGGAGGAUUGGAUAAGAGUAUUACAAAAUGUGCAAAGGCGAAAUGCAACGAAACUCCUACUUAGCAAGGAAGACAACAAGCCAACGAUGCAAGGCUGGUUGACAAAAGUGAAAAAUGGUCAUGCAAAAAAAUGUUGGUGUGUUCUCAUUGGCAAGAUGUUCCUUUAUUUUAAGUGCCCCAGCGAUACGAAUCCUAUCGGCCAAAUCAACAUGAGGGAUGCUCGAGUAGAAGAGGUGGAACAUGUGUCGGAUAGUGACAGCGAGGAAAGAGACGCCGAGUGUCCGCACGAGAGAACGAUCGGCAUCUUUCCGACGCAUCAGGGUCCAACGUAUCUACUGAUGCCACAUAAGCAGGAUAAGGACAACUGGCUCUAUCAUUUGACGGUGGUGUCUGGUGGCGGACCUAGCGCGGGUACGCAGUACGAGCAACUGGUACAGAGACUAAUGGAAACCGAUGGUGAUUCCAGUUGCGUUCUGUGGCGGCAUCCUCUGCUGUUGCACACAAAAGAGAGCAUCACUAGUCCGCUGACCAGCCUGACCUCCGAAUCUCUGCAAACCGAAGCUAUAAAGCUGUUUAAGGCCUGUCAACUAUUUAUGUCGGUGGCAGUAGAGCAAGCAGGUAUCGACUACCAUGUGGUUCUAGCGCAAAACGCGUUGCAACAAUGCUUAGAUCAGCCUGAACUUCAAUCUGAAUUUAUAUGUGCACUGGUAAAGCAGACAAGUCGUCACACGCAACAUCGUCUGGGCGUACAGGUAAAAAAGGCCGCCAGACUUGUGUCACUGGGUACUGCGCGCGUUCAGCUCCUCCUCUGCGCCACGCAAUCGCUCUUCACCUGCGAUACGCAAAGUCCCGCGGCAAAUGGCAGCGGUGAAAAUGCGGACGCACAAUCAACGGCCUCGACUUCUCACAGUCCUCCGCUCACGCAGGGCCACUCGACCUCCACUAUCUUGGACUGCAAAACUAAUCCCGCGCAGUACGUGCUUAUCCAGGGAUGGCAGCUCCUGGCGCUCGCCGUCUCUCUCUUUCUACCCAGGAACAAUCGAUUACUGUGGUACCUGAAACUGCACCUGCAAAGAAAUGCUGACAGCAAAACGGAAUGCGGCAAAUAUGCGGCUUACUGCGAGCGAGCCUUGGAGAGAACGUUGCAAAACGGUGGUAGAGAGGUGAAACCCUCGAGGAUGGAAGUACUAUCGAUACUAAUGAAGAAUCCGUACCAUCAUUCAUUGCCACAUGCCAUACCAGUUCACUUUCUCAAUGGCACGUAUCAAGUUGUGAGCUUUGAUGGUAGUACAACGAUAGAGGAAUUUCUGAACACCCUUAAUCAAGAAAUCGGCUGCAGGGACGUUCAUCAAUCUGGCUUUACGCUAUUCAGCGAUGAUCCGAUCGAAAAGGAUCUUGAACAUUUCAUCGACCUGCAAGCGAAGCUAUGCGAUAUUAUUUCAAAGUGGGAGACCGCAUUACGGGAGAAGGGUUCGGGAAAAUUUGAAAAUACCAGAGUGAUACAAUUGACGUACAAAUCGCGAUGCUACUGGCGGCAAGCUGCUAAAAUGGAAACAGACAAAGAGAGGCUCUUAUUGUGUUAUCAAGUGAAUCAACAGGUUGUACAAGGAAAGUUUCCGUUAAAUCGCGAACUCGCCUUCGAAUUGGCAUCGUUAAUGGCACAGAUCGACUUUGGAGAAUACAACAAUGAUAAAGCACGUGGCAGCGGCCCCGGAAACAAUCCGCAUCAUCUCGUACUCCAAGCCUUGGAUAAAUUUUAUCCGAUACGCUAUCGAACCAAUAUUACCACCGAUCAAUUAAGGGAAUUGCAAGAGAAAUUGCAGGAAAAGUGGAUCGGUUUGAAAGGACGUAGCGUAUUAGAUUGCGUUCGUAUAUAUCUCACGUGUACCAGAAAGUGGCCUUUCUUCGGAGCUACCCUGUACCAAGCAAAGUUGAAACAAACUGAUCCCGUGACCGUUUGGAUAGCGGUUUGCGAAGACAGUGUAACAUUACUUGAAUUACAAACAAUGGCGGUCAUGUGCCGUUAUAAUUAUGCGAAUAUAGUGACGUUUGGUGGCUGUUUAGACGAUUUUAUGCUUGUUGCUUGUCCUGAUGAGGGUGCGGCUGAACAGAAAUUAUUGUUCGCACUUUCUAAACCCAAAAUUUUGGAGAUAACUUUGCUGAUUGCCGACUAUAUGAACGCGCUGGGCCACGCAUUACCAGGCACUCCACAAAUGAAUACACUAACUCGCAACGGAUCACAUCGAUCUAUUAAAUCCACUCUGAGACCUGCAACUGGUUCAAGCUGUCUUCCAACUCAACCUGAUAUAUUGAAAUCGACGCCAGAUCACCAAAGACCUUAAUAAAAAGGCUGGUCGUGUUAAUUUUGAGAAAGGCUGGGAAUAUAUUUCUUGAAUGUGUGUGGAUGUGUCUGAUUAUGAUGCAUAUUUUAUUUUGUCAUUUGUAUUAUAUAAAGGCAGCGUAAUAGUGCAGUAUUAAUAUCAUAAUUGCGUGAAGCGCAUCGUUUUUUUUUCUGCGAAGCGCAAUCGCAGUCAUGUUUGAAUAUUUACGUUUAUAUGUCGAAUUAUGCAUGUAAAUUAGAAUCGAUACUUCUAUAAAACCGUAUCAAUGUAAAUAUAUUUAAUAAUUAGCAGCGACACAGAGCUAACUAUGAAGAAUCGUACAGGUGGCUUAAAAAGUGGUUGAAAUGAAAAUCGAUCUGUAACACUGCCUAUAAUUAGUAUGCGCGAUUACACAUCGAAUAGUUUCAUCCCGUGACUAAGUAUCACGCUAAGAUUUUUACUACCGUAUUUAUAUACCAAAAAUUAAAAGCAAAAAAAAAAGACGCGUAAAAUAUUGCGUAAACAAUGACGUACUCACGUAUCACGUGUAUAUAUUAAUCAAAGUUAUUAAAUGUUUAGAGAUAUAUUGAAUGACACAGCGAUAUAUGUUUCUUCCCGAUUUUACCAAGUUAUAAAAUCGCGACCUAAACAUACAAGUGAGUAUCGUCGCUUUGUCAUAUAAUUUGCAAUAUAAUUUUUUCUAAUUCCAUUAAAUAGUUUUUUCAUUGCUUUUUAUUUUUAUCAAAAUUUCAAUUUGAUUAAAUAUAUUUUAUUAAAAUAAGCC